UGGAGCCGAGCGAUUCGUUCCGGGAAAAAGCUACGUUUCUGCGGGAAAGUGUUCAAACCGUGUGUGCAUGUUUGGUGGCAGCAUUUUGGAGAUAGCUGAGAAGAUAUGUUUCCUGUUUGGGCAGGUGGCAGGUCAAAAGUGAUUUAUUGUGCAAAGGCCCUAACUACCUGUGCUGGUGGUGGUGGUGGCGGGCUUCGUUUUGGCUUUAUAGGACAAGGCCUCAAUCGAUUUUGGUGAGUGAGUGAAUCGAAAAAAAGUUAGAGGAAAAAUAAAUAAAAAAACGGAACAACAAAUCUCUAAGCGAGCGGCAAACCAUAUUGUGGUUGGUGGAAUGUGAAGGAAGUUUGAAAAAGCAACAUUCAAGUGAGGGUGGUAGAUGGUAGAGAAAAAUCAUUAACCCUAAACCAACAGUAUGUCACCCUUCGAAGCGCGUAACAGUGGAAACGAGAGGAGGAGGCGCUGACGAGUUUCGAUUGUUGUUUACGUUUGAAUGGUUGAAGAAGAAAAAAUAUCAGGGGUCAGGUUCUGAAAAAAAUGCUGAAUUUCCCGGAAGAAAAUCAAGAAAGUAACGACAAUGGUAUAAUGUGAAUAAUAAAAAUCAUAAAGUGAACAGAACUUGCAGCAAAUCCCAUCAGAAACCGCAGAAGAAUCUGUGCUUUUCUCCCUGGAGAAAGCAAGCGGAAAAGUUAUUAAUUCGAAAUGAUGAUUGAGUGUGGAAACUGUGAAAAUUUGAUUAAUUGAAUGUGAUUUGUGGCAGCCAACAAACCGACCCGGACGAAAAUAACGGAAAAGACGACCAUCUAAUGGGAUGGUAAAUGGUCCAGGCGAGGGCGGUUUCACAAAGAGAAGGAAAAAAAAGCGCAACGGAAAAAACGUGAUCCUGGUGUGAAGAGAGGAAAAUUAAUGAUAUUACACUGUUGAAUAGAGCGCGCCCGUGUUUACUGCGGAAGGAAGCAAAACAAAAGAUGUGAGCCUUCGAAGAGUGUGAAUGGAAAUUACAUAGUGAUUAUCAUCAAGUUCGGUUCUUUUUGCCGCUGGCUGGCUGGUGUUGUUGAUACUUCUGCCGCUGCUUGUUAGUGGAAAUGUGCGUGACGGACGUGAAUUUUUUCACGAAACGGUGCUGAACGAGAAAAUGUUUGGCCGCUCCUGUUUUUAAGGCAAGCAGUUACCACCCUCUUGAGGGGGAUUAAAGAAAGGAAGGAAAAAAAAACUUUGUGAAGAAAAAUCGAUUCACAGAAAAUCCGAGAGGAAAAGUUUGAGUCUGAUAAAUAUGGAUAGGCGCCCGGUGGGUACUGGAACUGUCGGUUCCGGUGAAGGACCGCGAGCAAAUUUUCGCGGAUCAUCCUUGCUUGCGCUGGUGGCUGUUUUCCAGUUGCUGUUGGUUUUGCAUAGUGCUGAAGCUCUUCAGAAUCCACGCAUAAUCGAGCAUCCGAUCGACACGACGGUGCCCAGACACGAGCCGGCCACACUGAACUGUAAAGCGGAGGGGCAUCCUUCGCCCAGCAUCCAGUGGUACAAGGAUGGUGCAUCGUUGAAAAUCUUACCCGGCUCACACAGGAUAUUUCUGCCCGCAGGGGGACUGUUUUUUCUCAAGGUCGUAAAUUCGCGCCGGGAAAGCGAUGCCGGAGUGUACUGGUGCGAGGCGAAGAACGAGAACGGUGUGGCCCGCAGCCGGAAUGCCACUCUACAAGUAGCAGUGCUACGGGAAGAGUUCCGACUGGAGCCGCAGCACACCCGGGUCGCGCAAGGCGAGACUGUCCUGCUGGAGUGUGGACCCCCGAAGGGCGUUCCGGAGCCGACCGUUGGAUGGCGCAAAAACGGCCAAAAGCUGGACGUUGAAACCACGAAACGAAUCCGAAUCGUGGACGGGGGCAACCUGGCCAUUCAGGAUGUGCGGCAGACCGACGAGGGCCAGUAUCAGUGCAUCGCGAAGAAUCUGGUCGGGGUGCGGGAAUCGGUGAUGGCAUUUCUUAAGGUUCAUGUGAAACCUUUCCUGAUACGAGGUCCGCAUGAUUCGACGAUUGUGGAAGGAUCUUCGGUAACGUUUCAAUGUCGCGUCGGAGGUGACCCCAUGCCAGAUGUUCUCUGGAGGCGAUCUGCUUCCGGUGGGAAUAUGCCCCUGGAUCGUGUUCAUAUCUUGGAGGACCGUAGCUUGCGGUUGGAGAAUGUAGUUUCCGACGAUGAAGGAGAGUACAGUUGUGAGGCAGACAACGCAGUUGGGGCGAUCUCCGCUACCGGAACGUUAACUGUGCAAUCUCCUCCGCACCUUGUUAUACGACCUCUUCCUCAAGUCGUUGAAGCUCCACACGAUGCUUCAUUCGAAUGCAAAUCGGAAGGUCGUCCAAAACCGACUACUUUUUGGUCGAUCGAAGGGAACCGUAGUCUUAUCUUCCCAGGGACGAAAUUCGAUCGCUUUGAAACGUCCCGUACGUUGGAAGGUCUCACCGUUUUAACAAUAGCAGCGACUAGUAAAGCCGACAAUGGUUUGGUAGUGGUAUGCAGUUCGGUUAACUCGGUUGGGUCAAUUAGUGUAAGGGCUCGUCUAACCGUGGCUUCCCAAGAUGAUCGUCCUCCUCCAAUCAUAAUCCUAGGACCAUCCAAUCAAACUCUUCCGGUUACAUCGGUCGUAGCGCUUCCGUGCAAAGCCGUUGGGAAUCCAACGCCUAUCAUAUCCUGGUACUUGGACGGCAACCCAGUGACUAAUUCCGAACGAAUCAAUACGACCGAAAAUGGUACCUUAGUCAUUCACGAUCUAGACAAAUCUACCGACCAGGGUCUGUACACCUGCGUAGCGAGUAGCCGCAGUGGAAAAUCAACCUGGAGUGCAUACCUCCGACUGGAAGCUCCAACGAAUCCAAAUAUUAAGUUUUUUCGAGCCCAUGAGCCCAGUGCCUUCCCAAGUGCUCCUGGAAAACCGCAGGUCGUUAACGUCACCAACAGUUCUAUUACCAUAUCCUGGCUACCCAGCAUUAAGUCCGGAGCUUCCGACAUUAACGGGUACCUGAUUGAAGUUUUUGCCACAGAUCUAAUCAAAGGAUGGAUCCCAAUCCCAUACAAAAUCUCUUCCACGAGUUACACGUACUCACCGGUAACGGCAGACGUUUCUUACAUCUUCAUCGUUCGGGCGGAAAACGAACAAGGUCUGGGCAUCCCCAGUCUAAUGUCCGAUCCAGUUACCAUUGGAAGAGAUAUGAACCACGGUGAGGAUAUUAGUUUGAAUGAAGCACAAGCAACCCUCUCGACGGGAAGUGUUGUACACUUGCUGGAAGCAAACGCUUCGGAUUCGACCAGUGUCCGACUGGUUUGGGACAUCGUGAAUGGGCAGUACGUCGAGGGGUUCUACAUUUACUCGCGAAAGAUGCACAGUAAUGGAACGUACCGGACGUUGACGGUUUUGCACGGUGGAGGUGCUUCCGCUUGUACUAUCAACGGGCUGGAGAAGUACACUGAGUAUGAGUUCUUCUUGGUGCCGUUCUACAAGACUAUCGAAGGAAGACCGUCGAAUUCUAGGACUGCCCGUACGUUGGAGGAUGUUCCAAGUGCAGCCCCGGUGAAUAUGGAAGCGGUACUGCUGAACACCUCAGCCGUGUAUUUGAAAUGGGAUCAUCCGGCGAAUCAUAGUCUAAAUGGUAAACUCCGAAACUACCACAUCAUCAUACGCGGCUACGACAUUCACAACAUGUCCAAAGUUCUGACGAAUAUGACCGUCGAUGGAGACUCGCCGAAGCUGCUGCUGGCCAAUCUGUCUGCCGGUGUGACCUACUCGGUAAGCAUAGCCGCAUCGACUCGAGUAGGAAUAGGCCCUUUCAGUGUCCCUUCCAUUCUUCGCUUGGAUCCUCACACCAAACGGUUGGAUCAAGGAUACACACGGUAUCCAAUAAAUCAUGACUACUCACACGACAUCCUGACGCAAACCUGGUUCAUUAUACUGCUGGGUUCGAUCAUUGCCAUCAUCGUGUUCCUGUUCGGGGCGACUGUCAUCUUCCGGCGGAUACAGUUUAUGAAGCACAGCUCGUUGAACAGCAUGCACGGAAAUCACGCAAUCGGGACGGUUCGCAAGUUCCCCACCCUACCGCUGAAUCCGAACGGGGUCUGGAUCGAUCCCGGCGGUGGCGUUUGGAGACAGGCAUCGGAAAUCACGAAGGAAGCCAUCACCGACUAUGCAGCAGUCUCGAAUGCUCCCACGUUGCCGCUGCCAGAUUAUGAGAGACUAUCACCGCUCAACAUGCCCGAUUACGCCGAGGUGGCCGGGUGUUCCUCUUUCAAGAACGACCUCGGUGGAUCGCCCUCGUACGAUAAUUACGGUGCGUACGCUUCCACCACGCUGGUAGGCCGUGGCAUCGGCGGCCAUCCGGAUGCGGGGUCCAGCGUCGCACGGUCCACGGCAGCAGCGGCGGCCUUCACCCCGAACCAGUUCGACGGGAAAAACGUCUACUCGGCUCCAACGAGCUGUCAUUACAAUAAUUUCAUAAAUCAACAUCAACAGCGACAUCAGCAGCAACUGCACCAGCAGCAGCCGGUCGGAGCGGAGGGAAAACGUCCCGGUGCCUCGUACGGGGGUAGCAUCAAGAGCCAGAAAAUGAACAUCAUCGAGAACCGGAUGGCGGACAUGAUGAACAACCUGGGUCACAGUCAGACCUCGGUUGCAUCGGCAUCGGCUGUAGCGGCCCUUUCCGGAUCACCAUAUGGUUGCUCCAGUGUAAGUAAUCUCAAUACGAACAGUAGCAGUAAUCUACUUCCGGCCGGUGGUGGUGCCUCCGGGGCCAGUGUCAGCGUUCCCCACACGCCACUCUUCGGUACCAUCAAGCGAACUACAAAAUACAACAAAAUAGGCUACAAUAAGGAUAAUAAACUCAAUUUCGGCGAUAGUGGCCGCUCGUCGGAACAGCCAUUGUUCAUCAAGUCCAAGUACGACGGAUCGUGGUCCUCUGUUCCCAGCACGGUCGCAUCGUCGGCAAACAACAUAAAUAUGAUUAAUAAUUCGCCAUAUCACCAGCAACAGCAGCAGCAGCAGCAGCAACAACAACACCAUCAGUCUCAACAGCAGCUGCCAGCGUCGGGUCAUCAGCAUCAUCAUCCCCAUCACAGCCCAGCGCAGCAGCAUGGUGGGAAAUCUCUGGGCAGUACGAACAUUUUGGAUCCACUUCCGACGCUGGGACCGACGAUGCAAACAAAUAAUUUAGAUAAUCAACAAAUACAGAACAAUAAUCCUAGCGUUGGUGGAGCUGCGGCUGGUGGUGGUGGUAGUGGUAGUAGCGGAGGUAGCAGCAACAGUAGCAAUGCCAGCACCAGUUCACAGAAUUAUUUAAGCAGCUUUGGCAAAACGGAUAAUGUGUAAACACCGGGGAAUGAUGAUCUCUGUCGGAUGAUGGGGCGUCCCAGAUAAGGUUCCGUGCCGGAUGCGAUGGAUGCCGGUUGGUCGGAAUGGAUGAAUUUUUCAGGAAACUGUUGCACAGUGGACACGCUCAUUUUACUCACUAUUUAUGUUGUUUUGAUGGGGAAGACGAUUCCAACAUAUGAAACUAAUAUGGGAAUGAAUGUUGAGUUCAAUUUUAUUUUAUUUUUUCGAUCGCACAUCGUGACCACGUAGUUUUGGAGGGUCACUCUAUUCAGAGGAAACGCAUGGUGUUUGGUUCGGAUUUUUGCCGAAGAAUUGCUAUUGUUGAAACGGCUAAAAUUGAUUGUUAAUGUGGAUGUCGAGCUGGUUUUGCAAAUAAUGGGGCUAUGCUAACUAUUUAUUGGGAAUAAAAUUCUACUCUUUUACUCUGAGGAGGCGUUCAAGACAACAGAAAGAAAUAAUUGAAAAAGGUGCACGACAAAAAAUGUUUCGAAAUCUUAAAUAAUGUGCUAUGAGUUCAGGAAUAACCCCGUAAAGUUACGAAAACAGGACCAUGAACAUAAAUCAUGUGUUUUAUAAUUAUGUGAUAUUUCUCUUCAGUAACACCCGCAUCAUGCUUUUCUUAGUAGAUUGCUUUAGUUUUGUGAACUUCAGUCACGGUUACCGUCAUGUCUUUAACACAUUGAUAUCCGUACAGUUCACAAAAUCAUAAUUUUUUUAAAGUAUUCGUAAACUUUUUCAUGAUUCCUAGUAGAAUAGUCACAACUGACUAUGCGUGCCCAUGAAAUAGUUCGCAAACUCAUGAAAUAUUAUUUAUGUAUUUGUGAACUGGUUCAUGAACUUCAUGGUAUAAUAGUCACGGCUGACUGUUCGUGCGCGUGAAAUAGUUCACAAGAUCAUAAAAUAUUCAAGAAUACGUGAACAGACUCACCAUUCGUGUUCGUGAAAAAGUUAUCAUCAAUAUCAUCAAGCAUUAUUCAUGUAUUCGUGAACGGGUUCCUGAUUCUUGAUUCCACGACCGACGAUUAGACUGCCAGAAAAACGAAUUUUUGAAAACUCAAUCGGCCCACCACUGCACAGUGGAUCCACUCCAUACAAAAGCUGGACAAAACCUCAAAAGUAGUUUAAAAUGUCUGAAAAUAUCAUCUAAGGGUAACUUUGGUGCGCUGAACUCGAUUUUGACUAAAUUAAGACGCUAAAAUAAAAAAUUAGACAGCCUAGGGUGGUUCUAAAAGUUUUUUUUUAAAUUUCGCGAAAGUGAAUUUUAUUAACUUCUCAAAACAGAUACUUUGUAAGUGAACAGAAACAUUUUGAUUUCCUAGGGUAGUCCUUAGUAACGAGUUAGCUAGGGUGGCUCCAAUUUAUCGAAAACUGGAGAAUAAAAAAAUGAUGUAAUUUUAUACAUUUGUUUGAAGAUCUUCAAUCCAAUCUGAAUACCAUCGUAGAAAAAAUCAUUCCUUCAUAGCUCUUUAAGAGAUAAUCCUCAUGUACUAUUUUGUGAACGUAUGCGUUUAGAAUAGUUAUGAAAAAUAGCAUAUCUAAAGGUGUUUGAUAGAAUGCUUUAAAUUUUAGUUUUUUUAGUUUAUUUAAAGUUAUCGCUAUUAAAAGAUGACGGGUUUAUUUGAUUUUGAUGAAGAUCUCAAAUCAUGCCCUACUAAGCUCUAUUCACAGUUGCUCAUACGAUGCAUGCUGCAGCUAAGCCGCUCAAUACUUUUCCAUUGAUUUUCAAUUCCAAUGAUGGUAUGAAUAUCUCUCGUUGUGGGUACUGACUUGGUUUUUCGCACGAAAAUAUCCUAAGCAUACUUUGCACUGUAUGUGUAUGCUUUAAAAUAGAGACGUGAGCGUUUUUGCAUGAAGCUCUCGUCAAUUUGGAAGUGAAUUAUUGAGGGAGAUUUUGAAUUUGAUUAUUGAUUGUGAUAGAUUCAAUAGGGAGUUUACACUUGAAAAUAAAUGUUGCAUUACAUUAAUUACAAAGAACAUUUCCCACACUCACGUGUUCACCUUUCAUCGGCCACCAGCAAAACUAACGACCAAUAUCUACUAAAGAGAUAGGAUUCAUGGAAAGAUUCAUAAUAAUAGUUGCAGUUAGUUUGCCUCGUUGGCUUCAAUAUAUUUGAAUUUUUCUAUACUGCAGAUAACUGUGAAAAUGUAGAAACACGAGUCAUAGUUGCAAGACGGUUAAGGCAUACUUACAUUUGUAUUAAGGAAAUCGCCCCAAACCCUGAAUUUACAAGCAGCGUUCAGAAAAAGAAAUCCACCGGUGAAUAAUAAUGCAAAACUUCAUGAAAUUAAAAAAAUACCACGCGUCUCCACGAAAAAACUAAUUUUACAAAUGUUCAAAUAUCAACCUUUGGCGCAAAACGGCGCAAGAUUGCACUAUGAUUUUUGAAAACUAAAUAAAAUUCUACGUCACUUGUACUAGAUGAGAUCCUUCAACACGCUUUUACCGAUAAAGAGAUGACACUCUGAAUGAAAAUAAGUCCGCGUUAAACUAUUUAGUUAUAUUGAUUUUAUUGGUAACUUUUUAAAUACUCAUUAUUUCUCAAAUCGAAAUACACCAUUGAAUUCCUGAGAUGAUUU